AUGGUCGUGCCGGUGUGUAGCCGGGCGGCUCUUUUUGAACGCCUUUGGAGGCGAUACCAUGGCUCUUGUAUACUCGUCAGGGCCACCGAUGCCGCUCGGGAAGCAAUAACUGCUGGUGGCUUCAAAUCUUGCACACAGGUCAUAGAAGAUGCGUUAGACAGGGAUACAAGCGUUGGGGAGGCAGCAAAACUCGAAUUCAACUGCGAAGAAACUCUCGGGGAGGGAGAUCUCGACACGCACUUGCUCAACGCGAUAGCGGAUAAUACUCCAGAUUUCUGUGAUCAAGACAUAGAUUUCGAUGGAUAUCCCCCGUGGUUUGUUCAAUGGGCUUUCACCCUUGCAAAAAUAACGCGAUGUGCUCGCAAUAAAACAUUGGAUAUCCACCCUGACGAAAGAGGUAUAAUAGCGUUUUGCUCAUCGGCAGAAAAUGCGGAGAACGUGAUAAACAUUCUGAAGGGCUCAGAAUCAACCACAUUCAGAUGCAUGGUAGUGAUGGGAGAAAGGAAUGCGGACGAAUUUAUUGACCGCUUCAAGAGCAUGUACCAGGACGAUAUCAAUCACUACGUUGUAAAUAGUGAUGAGGCGCCAUUACGAAGUUGUAUAGCUGACGACGGCUUUGUAGCGUUCAUAUCGAAGAUUGCUGACCUCUAUUUGUCUGAAAUGCGCACUGCCGACAGUCAAUUGAAAGAUGGAACGAAUGACCCGCAUGUGCCCUCAAAAACGGUAAAAGGUAAACCGUCCAAUACGGAUGCGAGUGACACGAAAUCUCUGCUAUUAAUGAUGAAUAGUGAGUUGCAAUCGGCUGAGCCAACGGGUUGCAUAGACGAGAUUUGCCGUGGAACUGAACAGGAAAUCCAGGGUGUUGCAUUCGUGUAUAGCGCUGUGCUGCACAUGAAAGCUAUAAACAAUGCAUCAAUAUCGCAUAACGAUAAGGCUGAAGAUAGUGCAGGCAAUGUACUAACUGCAGAUAAGGCCAUAGCCGACUUCGAUAAGGCCAUCUCCAUUUUCCAGAAAUACGGGGCAAAAUGGGAUGCUUUAUUGACGGCGGUCUUGAUGGCGACUGUAGGAGGUGAUUUGGAGGCAAGAAGGCUUGGAGCUAUCAGUGCAACCAUGGACCUCAAGAGCAAUGGUGACUAUGCAAGAGCAGCGCUAUCACUCGAACUCUGCACUUUUUUCACCGAAAAGAUAAGGAAGAAAAUGUUCCAUCUUGUAAUGGCGGGUCAUCUCUACUUGCAGUCGGGGUUAUUAAACCUUACUAAGCGUUGCUACAUGCUAGCAGUACCCAUAUACCAAAAGAAAGGUUGGGGUUUGGCGUCUGACUUUCUAUAUGGCACCUUAAGUCGAUACGAUCCAUUAUACUGUAUAGAUGCCCUAAAUGGCCUCGCUGAUAGAUGUGAAAUGGUAAAUUGUCACAAAUACAUGAAGAACUACGAUGAAGAUUUCCUAAAAUCUCCUUGGUACAGCGGCGAACGUGAAAUGACUCAUCUCAGAAGACUCAUGAAACUCUCUGUAGCCGAUCACGGUGAAGAAACCAUCAAGAACAAAAAUUCAAAAGCGAUAGUAUCGUGUGCUUACGGUCCUUAUCCCGCUCUGGUGUACGGCCUAGACGAUGGAUGCCCCCUAGGUGAAAGUCUACCUUAUCUUGUGCGCGUACCGGUGGUGUUAUUGCGCAACAGUGAAGGGGUCCCAGGGCAGAAUUGUGGACUUCUACGUACCUCUGCGUUGUACUGUGCUGGGGGAGAUAUCCGUGAGACAUCUUACAACACAGCAGACGAUUUUGAGGAACAAGAAGCAGCGAUUAACAAAGAAGUAAAGAAGAAAGCGGAAGCCAACGAUGCUUGGAAACCGUAUUACGAGUUUAUCAGUGAUUAUGGCAAUAUAUCGUACCGUGUAGAUCCUGAUUCUGGGUACACUCUUCCAAAGCAGAGAACAAAAUCCGCAACAAAUUACCAAUCAGGGGAGGAAAGUGUUAUUAAACUCGAACUAGUGAAUCCGCUUCACAUUGGCAUUCAUUGUGAUGAUUUCCAUCUGCUUAUAAAUGGGGCUGACGAAAAAUGGUGGGAGAAGGCCACCGUCGUUAGCGUGCUUGCCGGGCAAGCAGAGGUAACGCAAGCAAAACCUAAGGACAAUUUUGUUUAUUUGUCAGAAGGUGAAAGGCGACACGUGUAUUUGAAAUUCAAGGUAACAAAGCCUGGAGUUUUUCGAGUCACAGGUUUAGGGUGGAAACUUUUUGGAUGCGUUUCUUGUUGGGUGCCACUAUACCUCUGCGGGCAACGUAAAACUAAGGGUGCACCUUUGGAUUACAAAGAAGCUGAUGCACUAGAAACGUACCUCAAAGGUCGUUUACCUCAUGCUGGGCUCUCGCUUUCAGUGCGCGAUUACCACCCCGAGGUCGGAGUCGCCUUGUCCAAAGUGACACGGCUUCCUUCAAACGCCAGAACGUUAGAUGAAGAUAGUGAACAUUUCGAUAUCGUGAAGCAAUUCAUGUGUGAACCUGGGCAUGGGGGUAAAUAUAUGUUUGAGGAUGGAUACCUUACCAUGGAUGAUGCCAUUGACGGUGAAUAUGUGAUCACCGAAUUAGCCAUCAAGAAUCUCGGCGAUUUAGCAAUUGAUUCUCUCACACUAAACGUGAAGAGUAGUGGACGAUGUCACAUGACGAAUCGUCCCAUUGCCUACUCUGCUGAAAGCUGCGACGUUCGUAUAGUUUGGGAAGACAUGGCUAGAUGUAACCUAGGAUCUAUAAGUGGGCAUAAAGCAUAUCAAGUUACACUUCGAAGUGACUCAGAAAUGUUGAUAUCGCCGAAUGGUACACUUUCGAUUUUCAUGUUGGUAGUUCCUCGUGUAAUCGACGUGCUGGACGUGCUCUGUAUACAGGGGCGUCUUAAAACGACGUCCAGCAAACAUAAAUCGGAAGGUCACGUUGCAUUUUGGAGAUUCUAUGCAACAGAGCGUGGUAUUAAUGUAUGUUACGACUUCGAUCAUAGCCUGCCUAAAAUUAUCCGGUGCCAUGUGGCCAAUAAUUCAAAACAGGAUGUUAAGUCAUUGAGUUUCUAUGACACAUCUGGGCAGCCACUGAAGACCCGUGUGAGGUCUCCAACAUACAUGCAAACUUUUGAUAUCAUCGGACUGAGGAAGGGUUCUCAGCUGUCAUCGGUAAUACCCUUCAAUGCAGAGGAUUCUAAACUUAUACUUCGGUGGGAAUGCGGACAUGCGUUUGGCGUUGUAACUUCAAACAUCAACAUAGACUCGAGCGCUCGCGUACUGGUUAAAGUGCGUUCUGAGAUACGUGAUAUGAAGUACGAAAGGGCGCCCAUGCUUGCCCGCGUAGAAUUCGUCUUUGAAAAUCCCACAGACGAGACAAUCCCACCAAUGCAGUUGGAGGCCAUACCAAACCUGCCUGCAGAAUGCCACCACAAGUGGUUUUACGUAGGAACACUGACAGCAAAGGUCCCAGCCAUACCACCUAAAUGUAGUAAGUGCGUAGGUUUUGACGUGCUCCUUCCCCUUCCGGGGGUGUACUUAUUUGCGGGAGAAAGCAUCAACAUCGCAGCUGCAAGCGGAGUCUUCCUGAGGCCAUGUGAACAGUUUAUGGUUUCAGUGGAGAGUUAA